CAUAGAACUUUUUAAAACCGUUCGCCAAUAGCAGUGAGUGGGUUUUAAGCAGAAGCAAGAGCAGCUAUGGCGAACAGUGGAGAAUCACUGUGCGAGGCCGCCCGCGAAGGCGAUGUUGAGAAAGCAAUAUCUCUUAUAGACUCCGGUGCUGAUGUAACUUACUUCGAUAAAGAGGGCCUAACUCCGCUGAUGCACGCGGCCAACCACGGCCACUCCCAGGUUAUUAAAGCUCUUCUUGACGCCGGAGCUCCGUGGAACGCCCUCUCCCCUUCCAACGUCUCCGCUGGUGACUUCGCUAUGGAAAAUGGGCAUCAAGCUGCUUUUGACCUCCUCCUAAACACGGGGAUACAAGCAGAAUUGAUUCUUGGAACAAUUGCAAGGAAAGAAAAUGCAAAAGGUAAAUCUGACAGCGAUUAUUUGGCAGACCGGGUUAAUUUUAGUGAGGAUAAGGUGAUGGACUCAAAAAGCAAGGCUGUCAUGAUGGCUUGGGAAAAGCCACUAAUGGAAGCUCAUGCAAAAGCUAUUUGCUCCAAAGGUGGGGACAUGUUAAACAUUGGCUUUGGGAUGGGACUUGUGGACACUGCUAUACAGCAAUAUGCACCCACAUCACACACUAUUGUUGAGGCUCAUCCGGAGGUCUACAAUCGUAUGCUUCACGCUGGGUGGGGUGAAAAAGUGAAUGUGAAGAUAAUAUUUGGUCGCUGGCAGGAUGUUCUUUCUCAGCUUGGAUCAUUCGAUGGUAUAUUCUUUGACACUUAUGGGGAGUAUUAUGAAGAUAUGAGAGAGUUUCACCAACAUCUUCCUCAAUUAUUGAAGCCUGGAGGAAUAUAUUCAUUCUUUAAUGGCCUUUGCGGUGGUAACCCCUUCUUUCACGUCGUUUAUUGUCAAUUAGUCUCUCUAGAACUAGAGAAUUUGGGUUAUUCCACUCAGUUUAUACCUUUACCUGUGAAGGAUUGUUUAGGAGAAGAAAUCUGGGAGGGUGUGAAACACAAAUAUUGGCAAUUGGAUACAUACUACCUUCCUGUUUGUCAGUGUAUAGAGGAUACUGAGUGAUUUCUUUUAUUGAAAUUAACUUUUUCAUUUCUGGAAUUUAAAUGGAGAAACAUGUAGCAUCAGACGAGUUGUAAUAAUUAUUUUUGAAAUGAAGUCUGAAUAAUUUGAUUUA